AAUGAUUUUGAUGAUGAGCGUACACUAGACGAGGAAGAAGCCUUAGAAGGUAGUGAGGAUUCGCACAACGAGUUGUCCAAUUUACAAAAGGAUCAAGCCUGUGAAAUGAAAAAAUCAAGCCAAUAAAUAAUUACAAUUAUGAUAAGUUUCUACAACACUUUGGACUCAAAGUGCGUUCUUGUAGUGAGAUUUCAUGCAUAAUAUACAUCUUUGGGUUGGUGUAAUAAUCAUUCAUCUUUUUAUCUUCUUUCAGGAAGGUGAUAUGCCUCUGAAAGAUCUGCUUGCGAUGUAUGGAUACGGAGAUCCCUCUACUGAGAAUUCAAAUAGCUCAGAUCAAAUGUUACUUCCAACUGGAAACGAUGAUCCAGAGGGUGAGGAUCGGUAUUCGGACAAAGGUGACAAUGAUGCGGAUGAUGACGACGAUGACGAUGAAGCUGAUGCAACUAGCAAUGAGCCUGAUCUUAAACAAUUUUAUAAUGAAAUGUUGGUGAAAAGCAAAGAUUGCAAAUCCUCUGUAUCAGGACAUACAGGAAAAGGAAGUAACAGUGCAAAUUCCACUGAUUGUGGUAAAAGACAUAGACUUGAUGAUGAAGAGGACGAUGACGAAGAAGUAGAAGGAGAAGAGUGUCCAUUGAUAAAUAAUCGCAGUGACAAUGGAAGUACAGGAGUAAUGCAAGCAACUGGAAGUAGAAAUUCUUCCUGUUCUGUUAUUGGAUCACGUGAUGAUUGCUCAACAGGUAAUGGUGGCAAUGGAGGAGAAGGUAACAGUGUUGGUGCUGUCGUUGCCGAUGGAGGAGAAGAUGGACUAGUUAGUGCUAGUAUUGGUGGUGGUACAUCGAGACUUUUACGAAGUGUAUCACGACCACAAAGUGAAGAAGAAGAAGAUGAUUGUGAUUAUAGCCCAGAUGAGGAAGAAUGGAAAAAGACAAUCAUGGUUGGUAGCGAUUACCAAGCAGCAAUACCAGAAGGUCUUUGUCGAUACGAUGAUGCCCUGCCUUAUGAAAACGAGGAUAAAAUGCUUUGGGAUCCUAGCCAUAUACCAGAGGAAGAAACAGAAGAGUUCUUAGAACGGGCACAAUUGCCAGCAAUGAAAACAGGUUCUUUACCUGCAGGUUCUCACAUUAGAGACGAUGAACAAGCCUUAUAUCUGUUACUGCAAUGUGGUUACAACCUAGAGGAAGCAUUAAGAAGACGUAGAAUGAAUGUUAUCCCAUCGACAGAUGCUGUUAGUUUGUGGUCAGAAGAAGAAUGUCAUAAUUUUGAGUCCGGUUUAAGAAGUUAUGGAAAAGACUUUCAUCUUAUUCAAAGGAAUAAGGUGAGAACAAGAUCUGUCGGGGAAUUAGUGCAGUUUUAUUAUUUAUGGAAAAAGACAGAGAGACACGAUAUAUUUACGUAUAAGGCUCGUAUAGAGAAGAAAAAAUAUGCUUUACAUCCAGGUAUCACCAGGGACUAUAUGGAUCGAUUUCUUGAGGAACAAGAGGGUGUUCGCGAUCGAAGCAGUUCACCGAAUGUUCACUGUUUGCUGUAUGGCGAUGCGAAACGGCAAAGGUCCAACGCUGGUACAACGAACAAUGACGAUUCGAAAUCCACAGAGCCAUGGGUCUGCAAUGCUGCUGACGCACCUUUCACGGAUCUGCUCCGGAUGUCCCAAUCAGUUACACCACCUCCACCGCCGCCACCUCCACCACCACCACCGACUCCACUGACAGCCUCUAUGUCAGCAACAGUAACAAAUGCAAAUACUUUAUUAACAUCUGCAUAUUGUUCAUCGGCAUCGCGACAAUCCGAUUGCUUAUCAUCCGAAUCAAAUUGUGGGAACUCGCUUACGUGGUCUAAUACAGGCACGCGAUCUCAAUCCACUCCUUCUGUUAUGAUGACGAAAAGCGUUAAUACAACUACCACUACAAUGGCUUUAACGACGACCGGUACGAUGAGCACAAUAACAACUAGUCCUAGUUCCGGCUCGAAUACAACCUCAAACAAUUUGUAUCAUCAGCGAGUCUCGUCGUCAUCGAGAAGUAAUGAUUCAAACGAUUCACCAUCACCAGAGCAUAUUUUACCGCACUUGCCUCCUUAGCGUCUAACACGACCCUUGGGCUUUCUUCAAAAAUGGUGGCGGAUGUCUUUAUGUGUUCGGAUUGAUCGGACACUCACUUCAUUACUAUUGUCGUAAACACGUAAUAUUUGUUAGUAUCAGGAAAUAUAUUUUUAUACUCUAUCGUAAUAUGAUUAUCGAUCGUUCUUGGCGCGAGUGAGCCGGUGAAAUGUGAGACGAUGACGCAUACUAUAAAGAAAGAUACGAAAUAUCUUUCAUGAAAGAUUCACGAGAUAUAGAAAUCCAUGCGAGGAACUAUAUAAAUAAAAGAAGUUUUACUUCAAUAACAAUUCGGCAUGGAUUUAUAAAUACAAUUCGUUGAAUUGAGAUACAAUUAUAUAGCUUCUACCUAUUUAUAUAUUUUAUCUUUUCUAUGUUGUUGCUGUCGUAAAUAGAUCAACAUUUCGUAUUAAUAAUUCCUCUCUCACAACAGAAACUAUAUUUCAUUAUGAAAUAUCUUUAGAAAUGAACGAUCAAGAUUAAAUUACAGUCAAGUAUGAGUAUGUAAGUUCAGCACCUUUAAGCGUACAUUUGUAAGUUUAUUAUCCUGACAAGAACGUCUAUUUUCACCUGGCACUGAAACGCGCGAGAGUGCAGUCGCGUUGUACGAUAAUUUAGUCUGACUAAAUAAGAUCUUGUCAGACGUUUACAAUGAACAGAUUAAACAAAAAUACUUUAAAUUCCAUUGUAUUUCCUUUUGCAUAUCCUUUAAAAUAUAUUUUUAUGUUAUAUAUUAAUGUUGUACACGCGAUAUCAAAAA